AAAAAAUUAGAAAGAAUGUAUAUUAAGUGCAUUCCUGGUUCUCUCGUUGGAAGUCUAAUCGAUGUGUUUGUAGCUUGUAGGUCUCUGUCCGUAGACCACUGUGCAACGAUUACACCGACCGACGGUGGUUGUACAGACUAUUCGGUGCUCAUUCGUUUUCACCUCCAGAUUCAGCCCCAAAUGGAAUCGAAACGGCUGGAAAAAACGUCCCGAUGGUACUUUGGAGGAUUAGCCAGCGCCGGAGCGGCCUACUGCACGCACCCGCUGGAUCUGCUGAAAGUGCUCUACCAAACGGACAUUCGCACCAACCUGUCGAUGGUGCAGCUGUCGCGCGAAAUCAUCCGGGACGAUGGUGUUACCGCCCUGUACAACGGAGUAACGGCGGCGGUGCUGCGCCAGCUAACCUAUUCAACCACACGCUUCGCCAUCUACGAAAUAGGCAAGCAGUCGGAGUACGGCAAGGAUUCCGGCUUUCUCGGACGAAUUAUGAUGGCCGCGAUCGGUGGCACGGUGGGUGGAUUUGUUGGCUCGCCGGCAGAUCUGAUCAACGUGCGCAUGCAGAACGACGUGAAGCUACCGCCAGAGAAGCGUAGAAACUACAAAAAUGCGCUCGACGGCAUCGUUCGUGUGUGGCGCGAGGAAGGCUUCCGGCGGCUGUUUGCCGGUGCGAGCUCGGCCACCGCACGCUCCGUGUUUAUGACGAUCGGGCAGCUAACGUUCUACGACCAGGCAAAGUACACGCUGUUCGAGACGGGCCACUUUACCGACAACAUCGGUACGCAUUUCCUGGCCUCGGUCAUUGCGGGCGGUAUUGCGACCACGAUGACGCAGCCGAUCGACGUGGUCAAGACGGUGAUGAUGAAUGCGAAGCCGGGCGAGUUUAGCAGUAUCGGGGCGAUCCUGCGCCACAUCAGCCGGCUCGGACCGGUGGGCUUUUUCAAGGGAUUUGUACCCCGCUUCAUCCGGCUCGGGCCGCACACCGUGCUUACGUUCAUCUUUCUCGAGCAGCUGAGAAUUAACUUCGGUGUGCUGAAGGCACAGUAAGGGGGAAAGGGGCACUGUUCCGGUACGGUUGUAACACGCGCCAGAGGAGCCUCGGCUGGUGGCUCGGUAUUUAAAACAAAAAAAAGUAGCACCAAAUAGGAAAUGUGAUUGUUAGUUUUUGAUAGUGAAGGUAUGGACUGAUACAGUUAGAAUAGUGUUUUUGAUAAAUAAAAUCAUAAAAUUUAAUUUCA